CUUACGAAUAAAAAGUUCAUUUCGUUUGGAUCUAGUCGAAUUGAAAAAAUACAUCAAGACUUUAAAGUUAAACAGAUCUUGUUGACAAAAGGUUCUCUGCUAUCGCCUUUAAAAGAGGAAGAUCGAGCUUUUGUUGUUCCGCAAACUGAAGAAAACUCGAUGAUGUAUGAAAGAAAUCAUCAAUUCUUGAAUGCAGAAAAUAGACUUCGUAAAUCACGAUCUAGCACGCUUUCUGGAUCUGGAUCAAGUUAUUAUUCAAACGAAAAUACAAUGACCCCAGCCACAAAAGCACGAUAUUUUGGGGGUUCAGACUCUAGGUUACAUAAUGCUGAUUCUCAGCCUAUCCAUACUUCUAAACCUGAAACAAAGGUCCAAUUUAACCAUGGCUCGGUCACCAGACGGACUCCUGUCAAAGUGAGUGAGAUAAAGAAAACAAUUCCUACAUCUGUUCACUCUAGCUCCAGAUCAUCCAUGGACAAAGCACCACAACAUCGAAGAAAAAAUAAAUUGAAUAAUAAGAAUAUAUCGGUUAACUCUUUGGUGAAACAGCGGUCUGGACAAGACGAUAAGAAAGCCUUUUCAAGUCCGAAAACAGCUUAUGAUGAUAACACUAAAAAUAAACAUCAACUUUUGGCUGAUCUGAACUCGAAUGACAUUUUAUAUCCAAAAAAAUCGCAACCUCAUAGGACUGGCAAUAUUUCUAUUUUGCUGAAACAAAAUGGACUCAAUGUUUCAAGUACUCAAAAUACUGAAGUUAAAACACAUCAUUCAUUAAAUAAUAGCAAAAAUAAUCUUUGCGCGGAUGAAAUAAGAGACUUUUUGAUUCCAGAAAACGAGAAACUCUCUAAUGGUCUUAUCCAAACUAGGUCCGAACAUUUUGUUUACUCUCAAGGCGAACGUCAGCUUUCAAAUUCUGAAAAGAUUCAGUCAUCUUUUAUGACGAAUAGAGAAAAUCACAUCCAUCAGAAGAGCACGGAGGAAAAGACCAAAAUUGCUCAAGUUUCUUUUGCUUUGAACGAAAGUCAGAGUACUCCAAAAGGCCAAACAGAACAUGCAAAUCUCCCUCAGUUAAAAAAAAAUAAAUUGGAACAAAACAAUUUAUCUUCUAAUGAAAUUAUUAACAAACGUUUAUUGGUAGAACAACAUAUGAAAAGAGAAAAAGAAGAAGAAUGUGUAAACGAAAGCUUACUUGAGCCCCAUCAAGUCCAACAGCUAUCAAAAUUGAAUUCUUUAGAGAAAAUAUCUUCAAAAUCCUCCUUUCAGAGGGAAAGCUCUUUUCCUUUGACUCAAAAAAUAGAAAACCCCCUUGACAACACCUGGGAUGAAAAAAAUUGCUUUGAUAUCCAUUCCCCUUAUCAAAAUAAUCCAAACGUUGUUAGCAACACAACAAAGAGUGAAGGUGGAGUAAACAAAGCUAAAUUGCCAAUUGAAAAUGAUUAUCAAAGUAAAUCAUCUUUGGAAAAAAAAUUUAAACGGCGACUUCCGACAUAUGAUGAAGCUGUUGUUUCUAAAAUUGAAGCAGAAAACGUUUACUCUGUUAAACCAAAGCGUGAGCAGAUCAAAGUGAAUCAACCACGAGAACAACUACAGCUACACAAGCACAAUGUGAAUGACAAACUGUCUUCAACGACAAGCGAGCUAAAUCACUCCUCAAAAUCUGUAUCCAAAACAAAAUCUCGUUCGUUAAAUAAUCUUGUUCAAUCAAAAAACACGGACCUACAACAUGAAACAACGAAACGUCGUUUUUCGUUGGAGAAAAAUAAAGAAAAAUUAUCACCGUCUCAUUCGUCAAACCAUACAAAUAGCCAUUUCACGGAAAAUGAGCAGCCUAUCUACGAUGGAGAAACACUAAAAUCAUUGUUAAAUACACAAGAACAGCUUGAUAAGAAACCGGCUGAUCUGUUGAAUAGUAGGAUUGAACAUAGAAAAUUAAGAAAAGAUGCUAAUGUGCUCAGAAAUGGCGAAUUGAAGACUAAGGAUGAUGAAACAGAUUAUGAGAUUUUAAAAUCUGAGCAAAAGGCAGUUCUUGAUUUGGAUUUCAAAGACCGUACCAAAAUACACACGGAUAAGAGUAUGGCAAAACAAUUUGCUGCUUCAAACGAAGUAAAUUUUUCAGAUGUUACUGAGGAAAGCAAAAUUCUCCAAUUGGUUGAAGCUGAAGAAAAAUAUUGGAAAUCUAAAAUCGAAAAGAAAGAGAAAAAUGAAAAAAGGGAUUCACAAGCUUUUGAAGAAAUGAAAAAACGCAAAGAGCGACAAAUGAAAAUGCUUUUUCAGAUAGAAAACGCUGAUCAAAAUAAAGAAAUAGAUUACUCGGAGAUCACCGAUACUUUACGAGCUGAAGAAGAGUUCUUUGCUCAAGAAGCAGAGAAAUUGUUGAAACAAAGAUCUAACAAUAAUUCGACAGUUAAGAUCACAAAAAAUAUUCAGUCAAACAAAGAACGUAGCAGUAAUAACAAAAAGGACAGUUUUCAACAUCAACCAUCGUCUCCUAAAAUACAAUCUAUACUUAAAAGACCUCAGACCUCUUCAAGUAGUGUUUCCAGUCACGAUGAUGCAACUUCCAAGCUUGACAUUGAGUAUAUGUCCCAAUAUAAUCAUCUUAAAAAGAUUUCUUCCUAUCGAUCGUCAUUGUACACAUGCAGUGGUUGUCACUUGCCUAUUGAGAAAGAUAUUUGUUACCAUGUUCCUGAGCUAAACUCAUAUUGGCAUCAAAAAUGCUUUCGCUGUUCCGUAUGCCACUCAAACUUAAUUCAAACUGAUAAAGAGACGCCUAUGAUCCGUGUGCUAUUUUCCCAAAUCCUUUGUCAAAACUGCUCGAGCAACAGUAAAACAGGCAUGCGCAGAAUGUCAUCGAUGGUGUGAAAUUAUCUUCCAACGUACUUCGUAAUCACAGGCAACGAAUUCAAUCUACAUUGUAAGGAUAUUCCCCUACAUGGCCAUGCACACAUCUUGCAUAGCAAAAAUAAAGUUGUCGAGAAUAUUUUGCUGCAUAAAACAUUUAGAUCAGGGACGAAACUAGAACGUUAAUUAGGGGGUGAAUAUUCAUAUAUUCAGCAUUGCCCGACUGAUUUUGUUUGUCAAUGAUUUUAAUUUCAAAAGAAGUCAGUCGGGCAGAGCUGAAUAUAUGAAUAUUCACACCACCCCCUCCCCAUUAACGUUCUAGUUUCGGUCCUGACUAAGAUAUUAAACAUUAUAUGUUUUUAGAAUUAGCGUUCACAAUCGUUGAUAAUUUAAUUCAAAAAUCUCAAUGCUAUAAAUUCAUUAGAAUGAAUAUAAAAUAAAUUGUUUACAGUCAUUUUUUAAAUGGAAUAAAUAUUUUUUAAAGUA